GCGGGUUCAGCCGUAGCGAUUCCUUCCAGCGUGGUUGAAGAAAAUCGGGCGGUGCUAGAAGUUUUAACUGAUCUAGCCAGCUGGCAGCCAUGAAUGAAUGGAUGAAGAAAGGCCCGUUAGAAUGGCAAGAUUACACUUACAAAGCGGUCAGCGUAACAGCCAGUGACAAGGAGUACAAAGGAUGGGUUUUAACCACAGAUCCAGUCUCUGCCAAUAUUGUCCUCGUGAACUUCCUUGAAGAUGGCAGCAUGUCUGUGACUGGAAUUAUGGGACAUGCUGUACAGACUGUUGAAAUUGUGAAUGAAGGGGACCAUAGCAUGAGAGAGAAGCUGAUGCAUUUGUUCAUGUCCGGAGACUGCAAAACAUACAGCCCUGAGGAUCUGGAAAAGAGGAAGAACAGCCUGAAGAAAUGGCUGGAGAAGAAUCACAUCCCCAUCACCGAACAGAGAGAUUCACAAAAGACUCUUUGUGUGGCUGGGGUCUUGACUAUAGACCCACCAUAUGGUCCAGAAAAUUGCAACAGUUCUAAUGAGAUUAUUUUGUCCCGUGUUCAGGAUCUUAUUCAGGGACAUCUUGGAGCUUCCCAAUGAGAGGCUAAAAACUAUGGAUGUACUGAUUGAAAUAAGAUUUCAUAUUUUUGAAAGUUCUUUGUUGUUUUAGGUAAAAUCAAAGAUGGGGAUUAUCAGUACUAAUAAGUGAACUGGGCAAGGAUGACAUCUCAAACAAAAUUAACUUGAGGACAGAAUUACAAGAAUCUCUUCUUUUGAUUGGAAUACACCUCCAUUUCUGUUAGGCAAGAAAUGUAUUUGGAAAAGAUGCAACAUGUUAGAUUCGAUAUAAAAUGCUAAGGUAAAAUCACAGUCUUGUUAACACUGCUUAUUCUAACUAGAUGUGUCUUUUUAAAUUUUUAUUGAGUUAUAGUUAACAUACCAUAUAAUUCACUAGCUUUCCUUGCACAGUUCAGUGACUUUUGAUGUAUUUAGUGUUGUGCAACUAUCACCACAGGCAUAGAGUUUUUUUUUUUUUUUGGUGGUUGCAUGACAUGUGGGAUCUUAGUU